UAAGUACUCUGUUUUCGCGAGGAUUUAAAUGUUAAUGCGUAACAUGAGUACUAAUGUGUAUUAUUUUACAAUCAACAAAUCAGGUCUUUGUUAAAAGAGAAACCAAUUCUCUAUCGCAAAAGUGCAAGUCAUCGCUAUUUUUAUAACAUUAGGAUCGAUAUAUUUUUGUGUGUAACGGUUCUUAAAAUAGUUUUACUGUGUAGAACUAAUCCAUGUAUUUCUCUUGUGCGUUGAUUCUUCUCAUAAACAGAAACAAUCGUAGGAGCUUUGAGGUUACGGUUCUACGUUGUUAAGAAAAGAAAAAAGAAAAAAAAAAGAAUAACUCCAGUGAUAUUUUAAUUACAUUAUUAGAAAGGAAAAAACAAAUUAGGUUUAAUGAGUUCUAAAAAAUUAACGAACAUGAGUUCUACUGAGAUUGCACAAGAAGAUACUGAAAUUUCUUUAUCUUUGAUUACAAGACUAUAUUACGCUGCACGAGAUGGAAUGGCUAUUGUAUUAUAUGGUCUUCUUAGUGAUAAACCACCAGGAAAAAUUGAUUAUCUUAUUAAUCAGAAAGUUUUGGAAGAUGGACAAAAGUGUACAUUGUUAAUAAUCGCAGCACGAUAUGGACAUGUCAGGGUUGUCAAGACAUUAAUUGAUAAAUUUAAGCCUGACCUUGAACAAGAAGGAAUUGUCAAAUUUGAUGGAUAUGUUAUUGAUGGAGCAACUGCCCUUUGGUGUGCUGCAGGGGCAGGUCAUUUGAAAACUGUUAAAACUCUUGUUAAAGCUGGAGCAGAUGUGAAUCAUCCGACAAAGACUAAUUCAACUCCUCUUCGAGCUGCAUGUUUUGAAGGACGGUUGGAUAUUGUUAAAUAUUUAAUAGACCAUGGUGCAAACAUACAUAUAUCUAAUAAAUUCAAUAAUACCUGUUUGAUGAUUGCAGCAAACAAUGGACAUUUGGAUGUGGUUAAUUUCCUUUUAAAAAAUAAUGCAGACCCUAAUGAAAAAGCACUUUGUGGUAGAACAGCGUUACAUUUUGCAGCUGAGUGUGGUCAUACACAAAUAGUUUCUGAAUUAUUAAGUUAUGGUACAAAAAUAACAAAAAAUGUCAGUGGUAUGACUCCUCUGAUAGCUGCUGCUGAACGAACGUGUACAUCCGUAGUAGAGUUUUUAGCAGCUCGUACAGAGGUAACGAAAAGAGAAGUAAUUGAUGCUUAUGAAUUACUUGGGGCAUCUUACGCAAAUGACAAAGAUUUGUACAACUUGACAUUAGCAUAUACAUAUUUACAUAAAGCAAUGGAGUUAAGAUAUAGCGAUCCUAAUGAUAUUGUACAUAAAGAAUUAGGUGAAACAGUGAAAGCAUAUGAACAUUGGAGAGAAUGUGAUACAUUAGAAAAAUUAGAAAAUAUUAAGAAUAAUCCCAAUUCGCUUCAUAUGGAAUCUCUUGCAAUUCGAGAAAGAAUACUGGGACCUGACAGUCCAGAAUUACCACAUCCUAUAAUAUUUAGGGGUGCUGUUUUUGCAGAUAAUGCAAGGUUUGAUAGAUGUAUUGAUUUAUGGCUUCAUGCCUUAAAAUUAAGACAAUUACAUAAUAUAUCUGCUGUGAAAGAUCUUCUUCGAUUUGCACAGGUUUUUUCUCAAAUGAUUCAUGUUGGAGUAGAUCCUGAUUUUUCUCAAGUUAUAAAUGUAUUAGAAGCAUGUGUUACAGAAUUGGGACGUAAUAAAAAUAAAAUACAAAAUCCAGAUCCCAUAGAUGGCAUUGAUCAAUAUAUGGAAGAGAUGGAAUCAAACAUUACGACAACUUUAUAUAUUUUAACAAUUUUAAGUAAGUUAAUAACAUUAAAUGAAAAAUAUUAUAACGAAGCUGACGUUUCUAAAGCUCGUUAUUUGGUACACAAAUUAUGUGCAUUAAAAGUUAAAAUGAGGGAUGGUCAAACAUUUCUGCAUCUUGCUGUUAAUUCUGAAACACCGGUUGAUGAUUUUCAUACCGAUGAUGUGUGCAAAUUUCCAUGUGCAGAUACAGCUAAGUUAUUAAUACAAUGUGGUGCAAAUGUUAAUGCAAUGGAUGACGAAAGAAAUACUCCACUUCAUGUUAUUGUUUGCUAUAGGAGAGUUACUAAUGAUUUUAUGACACUUUAUUUGAUAAUUAUGGAAUUAAUUGAGGCUGGUGCACAUAUAGAUGCUGUAAAUAGUAAUGGAAAGACUCCAUAUGAAUCUGUAGCAACGGGUGUGGCCGAAAUAUUACUGCGUACUCAUACAAAAUUGUCUUUAAAAUGUAUGGCAGCAAAAGCGGUGAAAACAUAUAACUUAUCUUAUUGUGGCCAUGUACCACGUAUCUUGGAAAGUUUUAUAGAAUUACAUGGACCUGGUCUUAAUCAAGGCUGAUUUAUUAUUUGAUCUCUCUGAUUUAUCGUGUGAACAAAUUGUAUAAAAUAAUGCAAAAUAUUCCAACUAAA